UUGCAGACCCACAACAUGGCGGCAGGAGUGUUGCGAGGUCUGAGACAGACUGUGGAGAGCGCUGGGAGCUGGGACCGUGCAAGGGUAGAGGAGCUGCAGCAAGAGCUAGCCACUAUCGUUCCAGACAUAAGCCAGCUCGAGACUCUUGCCAUCAAUCUGGACAGUAGUCUCUGCAAAGGUCAUCUCCACAUUGGUGUUGAUGAGGGUUCUCGUAAGUCAUGCCGCAUGCUUGCUGAUUCACUCAGUGGUGAGUUGGAUACAGUGAGAAACCUGCUUGGUUCUAAGCAAAGUGAAGCAGAGGCUCUGGGGGCUCUUUGGACUUCAUUUCGACAGCGAAAAGAACAGCUGCUUAAAUCAGUGGAGGACGUUGAGGAAAAAGCUGACCACCAGACCUUUAAAGAGCCCAGUCUUCAUACGCUCCAGCUUCGACUUCGGUUCUUCAAUCAGCUGGAGGAUGAGCUGCAAUCACACCAGCAUGAAGAGCAGUGGCUGAGGGAUAAGGGCAAACAGCUGGCCCAGAGGGAUGCAGAGUUAGCCGGGGAGGUGUUGAGGGAAAUUAGCUUGUUAGAGACAACGUGGGAGGACACCAAGAGACUCAUUACAGAGAAGCAGGAACAGUGUAAUGUCCUUGCUGAGCUUAUGAGAGAAUACCAAAACCUGAAAACUUCCAUAAGCAGCAUUAUAGAGAGUGCUGAACCUUUGGUUGAGAUAAGCUCAGUUUUGAAGGAUCAUGAGGAAAGCAGGAGGUCACUAACCAAGCAUGAAUCAGUGAAGGUAGAGAUGGCUGAAAAGCAGCAUGAAUUGGAUCAGUUUUCUGGCAAAGGAAAACAGCUGGUGACUGAACUGAAGAAGAUCCCUGAGUGUGACAGUGAAAUCAUAAAGAAGGACAUGGACUCAGUUGUUGAUCAAUGGCUUGAUUUGUCUGAGAGGAUAGAUGACAACAUUGAGCGCCUGAACCAGAGUUUGGGACUGUGGGAUGAUGUGCGGAAAAUAAAUGAGGACAUCGAGAGCUGGACAAGCAGCUGUGUGAUUGAACUAAAUGAAAGCCUGAGCAAUUUCAGCAACAGUCAGAAGGUGUCAGCAAGGCUUUCAAUGUUACAGGCAGAGAUGACUGAGAAGGAACAGAAACUUGAAACCCUGCAAAGCAAAGUGUCAGACCUUAAGAAGUGCAGUCAAAGUCAAGAAAUUCCUGCUAAAUUACAGGUGUUGGACAGUGACUUACGGAAGAAAAUCAGCAGUGUUCAGAAGCUACAUGAGCAGGCCAGAGGAAGCCUCAAAGACUUCAGCUCUCAAAGAAAACAGCUGGAGGACUAUAUCUCACAGAUGUCUGCAUGGCUAAAAAGUAUGGAAGAUUCUUUGGUGUCUUCUCCAACUGGAUCUGAUCCUGAGGACAUCUGCAGAGUGAAGGACCUUCAAAAAGAGCUUCAAAAUCAGCAGGGGAGUAUUGAUUCCACCAGGGAAAGCCUUAAUAACCUGUGUAGAAAAUAUCCGUCUGAAGAGCUGGCUGGUUUGGGCUCAUCUCUCACUGACCUCAUCAAGACUUAUGAGUCUGUGAACCAGCUUUCUGCAAGGACGCUGAUCUCUCUGCAGAACUGCCUUCAGCAGCAGUUCAAUGAUCUAGUCCAGGAGUUCCAUCGCUGGCUUUCAGAACAAAGGGAGAUAGUGAAAGAAUGCUCCGACCGAUCAGGAGACACUCAAAUCGUGGAACGUAAACUACAGAAACUGAAGGGUGCCAUGGAUCGUGUGGAGGAGGGUGAGGUUCGUCUUACUCAGGUAUGUGAGGAAGGAGGGAAGCUCCUGCUUCAUCUUCCAAAAGCCAGCGCUGGGCAGGUCCAGCAGCACCUUUCCUCCAUCCAGCAGGACUGGGAUAGCUUUGUGGAGCAUUGCAGACAGAACCAACAGAUUCUGGAGGAUAGUGCUUCUCUCAUGAAGGGGUUUGAGGGUCGCCUUAAGAAGCUCAGAUGGUGGUUGGAACAUAUGGAAAACAGAAUGACCACAGAUCUGCUUGAAGCCAAACAGCGUAGGCCUGAAAAAGCUGCGCUUGAGCAAGUGGAGGAAUACCAGCAGGAAGUGCUCAAAGAAAGGGAUUCUUUUGAACGUCUUUGCCAGGAGGGUCAGGCGUUAAAUGAGGGUGGGCGAGGAGAUGGAAGUGAGACAAGAAUUUCAGCUCAGCUGCAGUCACAGCACCAAGCCUUGUUGAGGCGUGUGAGGGAGAGGCUGCGCAGCUGCCAACUCACUUUACAGGAGCAACAAGCUUUUGAAGAGACACUGCAGACUACUUGGGGCUGGCUUAAUGGUGUGCAGGAGCGCCUGGCCUCACUCAACAGCACGAUUGGCAAUAAAGAAACUCUGGAAAAAAGACUAGGUCUUGUACAGGAUAUCCUGCUAAUGAAGGGAGAGGGUGAGGUGAAGCUCAACAUGGCAGUAGGAAAAGGAGAACAGGUACUAAAGCACAACAGAAUGGAGGGACAAGAAACAAUUUGUUUACAGCUCCAGAACCUGAAGGAUGCAUGGGCCAAUAUGCUGAUGGCUGCUAUGAGUUGCCACAGUCGUCUGGAAUGGACAGUGGCCCAGUGGACCAACUUUCAGGAAAAUAAGAACCAACUCCAGCAGUGGAUGGAGUCAGUGGAACAAGAGAUGGGGAUGACUCUGCCUCAGCAACCAGGGCUCAAAGAAAAAUCUGCAUUACUUGAGCGACUAAGGGCCAUCCAGGCAGAUGUGGACGCUCACGCAACAGCUCUGUCACGCCUAAUGGACAAAGCAGUGGAAAUGCAUGAAAAAACCGGUGAUCAAACAUUCGGACCGGAGUCGAGGGCAGAGCUCAACGCACACUUUGCUGAUAUCUCAGCUGUUGUCAAGGGUAAAGUGCAGUCAAUGCAAAACAUUGUAUCAGAACAUGAGCAGUACCUUGAUGCUGUGAGAGACUUCAAUGAUUGGCUCAUUUCUGCAAAAGAGGAACUCCAGCGCUGGUCUGACUUGUCAGGAGACUCAGUCAACAUCAAGAGAAAACUCUCCAAAGUACAGGAGCUGCUUGACUCUAAACAGCGAGGCAGAGAGAGGCUGAACCGUGUUCAAAGAUGUGGGGCAGUGGCAAGAGAUCACACAGGCUCAGGUGGUUAUGAGGCUUUGGAGCGGGAGGAAGCAGCUCUGUUGUCAUCGUGGGAGCAGUGGGAACGUGGAGCAUUGCAGACACGUGCCGGUCUGGAGACCACAUUCUCACAGAUAUCCAGCUCAGAACAAGAGUUUAACAGUUUAUCGGCACAGCUGGAGCAGGACCUGCAAGACUUCAGUCGUCAGCUGCAGGACUGGCGAUUACAUUUGGCCCAAGCAGAGGGAAAAAAUGAUGGAGAGGAGGCUGUUAAAGGCUGGCAGAUAGCAAAGGACACUUUAGAAGAUCUUGUCAAAGCUGAGGCGAUUUCUGAUAGUCUAAAGACUCAACUCAACGAUCUGUGUCGAUUCUCCCGAGAAAUGGGGUCACAGUCAGAGAGAGUUUCUGCUCUUAUUAAGGACUACAACUGUCUGAGUCUCCAAGCAUCCAGGGAGUGUCAGAGCAAAGAAAAGCUGCUGGUACAGGGCUUCCGCUCAGCCUUCAGAGAGUUUCAGCAAUGGUUGGUCAAUGCCAAAAUCAACACGGCCAAGUGCUUUGAUGUCCCUCAAAAUGUCAAUGAGGCUUCCUGUAGUUUGCAAAAAAUCCAGGAGUUUCUUAGUGACAAAGAGCAAGGUCAAUCAAAGGUGAAUGCUGUUGUUGUGAAUGGGGAGCUUGUCUGUAAUAUCGCAGCUAAAGACAAAACCGAUGCAAUCCGGGCUAAAAUGAACACUGCCAAAGAAGACUGGAAAAACAUUAUGACUAAUCUUCACCACAGAGAGACAAAUCUGCAAAACCUUCUUUCUCAGAUGAAGGAUUUUGAGGCAAGUGCAGAGCCUCUUCAGGAGUGCUUGAAUGCCACAGAGCUGGCUGUCCAGGAGAGCAGCACAAGACUUCAUGAUCUCACAGCCAAAAAGCUCGAGCUUCAUAAGCUACAGUCUGUGCUUGAGGAGUUAGCCUCUUACGAGAUUCAGCUGAACAAGCUGAAAGAGAAGGCCCAGCUGUUGUGGGACGAACACUCGGCCGGCAAGGGCUUUGUGCACCGUGUCUCGCAACUCUCUGCUCAGUACCUAGCUUUAACCAACCUGACCAAGGAAAAGGCAUCCCGGAUUGAUCGGAUUGUCACUGAGCACCAGCUUUUCUCCCAAGGGCUAAAGGAGCUUCAAAACUGGGUGGCUGACACCAGCCACAUGCUGCAGACCUACUGCACCCCCACCGCUGACAAAAAUGUUCUUGAUAGUAGGAUGAUCAAGCUAGAGGCUUUGCUGACUGCUCGUCAAGAGAAGGAGAUCCAGCUGAAGAUGCUGAUCACAAGAGGAGAGUCCGUUCAGAGAAACACUUCAGCUGAGGGAGUGCCGGUUGUUCAAAAACAAAUACAGGAACUAAAAGACUCAUGGGAUGCCCUGCUUUCUGCUUCUAUUCUUUGCAAAAGUCAACUGGAGGGUUCACUGUCUCAGUGGACCAGUUACCAAGAGGAUGUACGCCAGUUUGUGGCUUGGAUUGAGCGUGUGGAGGAGAGUCUUGAUCCUACUGAUAAACAGUGCCCAGAGAUGAGAGAUAAAACUGCAAAUCUGAGCAAAGCAAAGUUGCUGCAUGAGGAAGUGCUCAGCCACAGCACGCUUCUGGACACAAUUACUGCAAAAAGCGCUGGAAUCACAGAGAACUACGUCACUCAGCUGGAGCUCCAAGAACUUCAGGAACGUUAUAACACUGUCAAAGACAACGCCAUGAGGGCUGUUGGCAAAGCAGAGGAGCUGGUGAAAGCCCAUCAGGAGUAUCAGCAGGGGCUUCAUGCAUUUGAAGAGUGGUUGGAACAGGAACAAGAGAAGCUUGGCUGCUACACCCAACUGGAGGGGGAUGUUGAUAUGCUGGAGGAGACGCUCCAAAAGUUGCAGGAACUGCAGCUUCAUUGCACAGAGGGCCAGGCUUUACUUAACAUGCUGCUGGUCAGUCGAGAGCUGGUCACUCCCUGGGGUCUGCCUCAGAUAGAGGACAGAGCAUUGGAAACACUUCAGCAGGAGUGGAGGCUCUACCAAGCUCAGCUGGCUGACACCCGUGCUCAGCUCAACAGUGCUUUGGCCAAACUUCGGCAGAUGGAGCAGAAGUUCCAGCGUCUUGACAGUUGGCUGAAAGGCAUGGAGACCAAAGCACAACUGCGCAGUCAUCGACGGUCUGACCGUACCACCAAAGAUGCUCAGCUGCUGAUGAUAAAGAGCUGGCAGGAGGAGGUUCUUGUUUAUCAAGAAGAAAUGGAAGGUCUCACUCUUUUGGCUCAGCAAGUUCUGGAUGAGACGCACAUCAGCAGCCGCAUCAGUAUCAGAGCCACCCAGAUCACAGCGCGCUACCACACUCUGCUCCUGCAUCUACUGGAGACAAUCAAACAACUUCAGGAGGAGGUGUCUUGCAUUGAAGAAGCACAGUGUGUCUUCACCACCUUCUCAGACUGGCUCAGCACAGCUCGGAAUAACUUCAGUACUGUUGCUGCAAGCGUUGAUAUAGUUGACCGCUUUGCAAUGGAAAGAAAAAUGAAGAAAUUGGAGGCUCUUCAGGCUGAUAUGGAGCAGGGUCACACUUACCUGAAGACGCUGAGGGAGAAGACCGAGCGAGCCAUGGCAUUCUUGGAAGAGCCUGAAGCAAAGCAGCUCAAGGAAGAAGUAGACACUCGACUCUUUCAACUAGAGGAGUUAAUGGCAGCUCUGCGCACAGAGCAUAGCUCCCUUGAGAAGUGCAUUUCACUCUCUAAAGACUUUAUGGAUAAAUACAAGGCCCAGGCUCAGUGGGUGAUGGAGACCAAGAACCUUUUAGCAUCAAGUGUUGAGCCUAAAGCUGAACUCUAUCAGAAGAAGGCUCAGCUUGCAAAGUACAAAACGAUCCAGCAAACUGUACAGUCUCAUGAAUCAGCAGUGAAAUCUGUCAUUGAGAAAGGAGAGGUACUACUUAUUGCCAUUAAUGACCCCACUAUCAGUGAAAACAUGAAAAAGCUACAGGCUGACUAUCAUGACCUCUGUUUGGCAGCCAAGACACAUGUUCAUAACCUUGUGGAGUGGGUGAAAGAGCAUGAGGACUACAACAGUGAACUGCAAGAAGCUGAGAAGUGGCUGUUGCAUAUGUCCAGUAGACUGGUGACCUCGGACUCUAUGCAAACCAGUAGUAUGGAAAUGGCUACUCAGCAACUUGCUCGACACAAGGCCAUAAUGGAGGAAAUAGCCAGUUUUGAGGAGCGUCUCUCCAGUUUGAAGCAGAAAGGGGAAGGUCUUGUUGCCAGCUGUACAGACCAAGUUCAAGCUAAGAUCAAUCAACAAGUCCAGGCUCACCAUCAGGGAACCAGAGAUAGCUACUCGGCCAUUUGCAGCACUGCACAGCGUGUUUACCAGAGUCUGGACCGGGAGCUGCAGAAACAUGUUAGUCAUCAGGACACUCUCCAGCAGUGCCAAACCUGGCUCUCUACUGUACAAGAGGAGCUUCAGCUCAAUGACCAGGGACCAUCUGGUCUGCAGGAAGCACUGAAGCAGGUGAAACACUACAGGGCCCUUCAGGAGCAGGCCAGCACAUACCUGGACCUGGUGUGCUCUGUGUGCGACCUGUCUGAUGAUGCUGUGAGAGUUGCAGCCGCUGAGGUUCAGCAGAUCAAACUCACAAUAGAGGAAAGGAUGUCCAGUGCGCAGGAGCUUUCAGAGGGCUGGAGAGAAAUCAAGGAACAAAAACAAGAUCUAACAAGCUUGUUUCAAGACAUGGAGCAGCAGCUUCUCAGCCUCUCCAGAAGACCAGCAGAGCUGGAGACUAAGAUCGCUCAAAACAUGCUGUUACAAGCCAAGGAAUGCUGCCAGCAACUGCAGUCUAAACAGAGUAUCCUCACCAAGAUGACGGAGACUGUGAGCAGAUUGACUGGUGGCCAAGACUCUCCAGAACAUGCAGAACUUGACCGCCUAAGCCAUGCCUGGCUGGAGCUCUGUCACCAGGCCAACAAGCUGCAGACACAGAGAGAGGAGGACCUGCAGAGGAGUAAGGAAUAUCAUGACUGUAUUGCUGCAGUGGAGGUGCUGUUUGAACAGGUUUCCAAAGAGUGGGACAAUCUGGCCAGAACGGAUGCUGAAAGUUCAUCUCAGCAUUUGGAGGCUCUGCGGAAACUUGCAGUAACUCUGGGAGAACAAAAAGGGGCCCUUGAGGAUCUUAAGGAACAGAAACAAAGAGUCAUUCAACAUUUGAACUUGGAUGACAAAGAGCUGGUAAAAGAACAAAUCAGCCAUUUUGAGCAACGAUGGUCUCAGAUGCAAAACCUAAUUGAAAGAAAAAUCCAGGACUCAGUAGUGACUUUGGAGGAAAUGAGUCAAGUGGAGGCUCGUUUAAGAGAGGCUCGGGACUGGGCAGAGGAGCAGCAACCCGCUCUGUCUGAGGCCAUGAAAAUGAGUCCACCUCCGGAGUUGGCGCAAAGCUUCCUGUUUGACCAUUUGAGCAUCUGCAGUGAGUUGGAGGCAAAGCAGCUCCUCCUGGCUCAGGCCAUGGCUGAUGCUGACAGGGUGCUAGCACGACUCGGCCUCAACGAACGUCAGCAUCUACAGCAGCUUAUCUCUGUCACACAGUCAGAGGUGGAAUCUCUGAGUGUGAAAGUGGUGCAGCGGAGAAAACACCUCAGCAAGGCUUUCACAGAGAGGACCCAGUUCCUGAUGGCUGUCAGUCAGUCCAUUUGCUGGGUUCAGCAGAAUGAGAAGAAAGCCCAGGCAGAGGAGUACAUUGCUUUGCUGCCUGAUGACCUUGCCAAGCAGGUGCGAACAUGCAGGAACAUUCAAAGCAGUCUGAAAGCCUAUCAGAGUGAGCUGACGUCCCUGUGGUCUCAGGGGAGAGACCUUAUGAGGGAUGCCAGUGAGGAAGAAAAGAAUGAGAUUCUCACAAAGUUGCAGGAGUUGCAAAAUAUCUUUGACAGAACUCUACACAGAUGUGGACAGAAACUUCAAGAGCUUGAAAAAGUACUUGUCUCCAGGAAAUAUUUUAAGACGGAUUUAGAGAAAAUAUGUCAGUGGUUAAAACAAGCUGAUAUUGUUACCUUUCCAGAGAUAAAUUUGAUGGUGGGUGAUGCUGAAUUGGAGGCACAGUUACUGAAGUAUCAACAGAUAGUUGAGCAGGCGAUUGAAUAUGAGAAUCUUCUGCUAAUUGUACAAAGAGCAGGCCAGGAAAUUUUGCCCACUCUGAAUGAAGUAGACCACUGCUAUUUGGAUGAAAAACUUAACACCCUCCCUCAGCAAUAUAACAGCAUAUUAGCACUAGCUAAAGAGAAACAGGAGAAAAUCCAGCAGGCCAUUCUUACAAGGAAUGAGUACACAUCAUUCAUAGAUGUCACUCACAAAGCACUGAAAGAACUUGAGGAGCAGUUCAAUAAUCUAGGGACCCAACCAGUAGGCUUAAAAACAGAGGAGGUUAUCAGUUUGCAGAGUGAUUACAAAGCAAUACAGGUUGAUCUCAGCAACCUUAGCCUAGCUGUGAGUGAACUAAACCAGAAAAAAGAGGGAUUUCGUAGCACUGGCCAACCAUGGCGCCCAGAGGAAAUGACCCAGCUUGUGAGCCUGUACAAUGGACUAAAGAGGUUGGUGGAACAGAAAGUAGAACAUCUGGAUGAAACCUUAGAGUCUUUUGAGGACCAUAAAGCAAUGGCAAUGCAGGUUGACUUUGAGUUAAAGGCCACAAAAGAACAGCUGGUUAAAGUAAGUGCAGAGACACAGUCAGCUGAAGAGAGGCUGAAAAACUACCAUGCUCUAGCAGGAAGUCUCCAGAGUGCCGACUCUCACUUGUCAAGACUCAUGGAGCAGAUGGACACUCUCGCCCCUCGUGUGGACCAAGCAGCCCACGAUGCCUCUAAAGAGCAGGUGGUUCUGUGGCAGGAUGAGCUGCGAUCUUUACAGGCUGCAGUUGGGGAGCUGAUUGAAGAAUGUGAGAACAGGUUUGUCCAAAGUAAAGACUUCGAGACAGAGAUGAAGAGGACCUUGGACUGGCUGCAGCAGAUCAGGGAUGACCUAGACUGCGCUGUAAUUGUGGAUGUCAGAGUUGAGAAAGUACAAGAAGAGAUCAGGAAGCAGCAAAUCAUGCAAGAGGAAGUGCAAUCCAGACUGAGAAUUGUGGCUGCUCUCAGUAGCCGGGAAAAACAAGAGUAUGUCAGUGCCAAUGAGCUUGUUCCCGUCCAUGUAGAUACAGGCCUAGAAGAAAUGGCAAAGCUGCAAGCUGAUGUUCAGAAAGCACUGAGUUCCAAACAGAUUACUCUGGAGGAAGCCUUGGUUCUGUGUCAGAAGUACCACUUCAGGAUGCAGUCAGCCUGUGAAUGGUUGGAGGAUGCUGUGUCUUUCCUUCAACAAGCCAGUCUGGGAGUAGAUGUCGAAAACUACGAGGAAUGUCUCCGGCAGCAGGCGGACAUCUUGGCAACAGAGCAGGAGUUUCUCAUCCACCUAGAGGAGCUGCAGAUCCUGCUUCCUCAGCUGCAGAACCUGGUCAACCCUACAGCUAAAGAGCAGCUACGGGUGAGCGUAGAGUCAGCAAAGCAGAGAGGCGUGGAGGUUCGAGAUCAGCUCCAGUGCCAUGAAGAUGUCUUACACAGCUGUGUGGCCCAGUGGAAGUCAUUCCAGGAGGCAAGGCAAACCGUCAUUGAGCUUAUGAAUGAGGCAGAAAAGAAGCUUACUGAAUUUUCUACUGCAAAGGCAGCCACUAGUCAAGAGGCCGAGGACAAGCUACGCAGUCACCGGUCCCUUGUAUCACUUGUAAAUGGCUUCCAAGAGAAGCUGAGUGGUUUAGAGGAACAAGCUGCUCAGCUGGAGCUGGUUGGGAGCGAUGCCAGCAAGGCCACCAUCAGUCGCUCAAUGACCACUGUGUGGCAGCGCUGGACACGACUGCGCAGCGUGGCACGGGGACAGGAGAGAGUACUUGAGGAUACAGCCCAGGAAUGGAGGACUUUCAGAGAAAAGAUGGUGAAGGUUAGAGAUGUCUCUGAUGAGCUCCAAAGUCGUUUCCCUGACAGUGCUGUGGAAAAGGCCUCCAAAGCCACUCUGCAGUCUCUGUUAGACCAACAUGACUUACUGAGCCAAGACCUGGAACGGGAACUCUCCUCCCUCACACUAUUGCGCCAGUAUGCUCUGAGUCUGCUGCAUGAUGUGGAAGUGCCUUCACCAACAAAUGAUCAAGAUGAGCUGCCCAGCCUGAAAGAAAUCAGAGCUGUCCAAGGCCAAAUGGAAAGUCUGUUGACACAGUCCAGGACCAAACGGGCUCAGACAGCUCAGGAACUGAGGGAAAGAGAGGACGUGGAGAAGGAACUUAGUGUUGUGAAAGCUUGGAUCCAGGAGACACGGGAGCUACUUCUCAAUCCCACACCAGAUAUAGACUGUCUAUUGCAGGAGCUGGAGAUUGUACAUGGUGAUGUAAUCACAUAUCGUCAGAACGUGGAUAAAUUAGCUGAGCAACAACAAAGCAAGUACCUGGACCUCUACACCAUACUCCCCUCUGAAAUUUCCAUGCAACUAGCUGAGGUCUCGCUUGCACUGGGUGCUAUUGAAGAUCAGGUCCUUUCUAAAGAGAGAGAAAACCAGAAAACUAGAGAAAUAAAGGAAGACUUCAGCUCCAGAAUACAUGGCAUAUCUGAGAAACUAAAAGUAAUUUCAAACAAAUUUAAGGACAAAUCUCCCGAUGUUGACCAUGCAAAAGAAGAGGUCAAGAGUCUUCUUGAAGACUUGGAUUCCUGUGGUCGCACUCUUUCAGAAUUGGAUGCUGCUGUACAAGAGUUUGGCCGUAGGAACCCCCUACUGGCCAAACAGCUGAGUGAUGCUAUAAGCAAACUUUCAGAGAUGCAUCAUCACACAACUCGAUUAGCAGAUUGUAGGAACAACUGGCUCAAAAAGGCUGUCUGCUAUCUAGAUGAGUAUAAUGAAAUGCUGGACUUUAUCGUGAGGUGGUCGGAGAAAGCCAAAAGCCUGGUGAGGGCAAACAUCAUCUGGAACUCUACUGUUCACCUGCAGGAACAGAUACGGAUGUACCAGGCUGUCCUGCGUGAGUCUCGAGAGCUCCACGGAGAUCUGGAGUCCAUGGCAGAGAAAGUCGAACUUCUGUCUGAGGUGCUGCAGGUCGAGUCAAUGACCCAGCAGGUUUGUGAACUCAGUCGGCAUACUGAUGAGCUUCAGCAAAGCAUCAAGACACGACUCCAGAGCCUGCAGGAUGCAGACAAGAGUAUGGAAGCCCUGGAGCAUGAAGUUAAGGCUCUACAUGUUGCUCUGGAGCAGGUCCAAGCCACACUCACCUCCCCAGAGUUGGCACGCCAGAGCCUCAAAGAACAGCUGGCUCAGAGACAGCGUCUAUUGGCAGAUAUGGAGAGCUUCAAGCAGCAGGUACAGGCAGUGCAGCUGUGCCAGAGUGCCCUGCAAGUCCCAGAGGAGGUGAUGCCCAACCUUGCCAUCUGUCGCACAGCUCUGCGUCUGCAGCAAGAAGCCAGUCACUUGCAGCAUGUAGCAAUACAGCAAUGCAACAUCUUACAGGAGGCAGUGGUUCAGUAUGAGCAAUAUGAACAGGAAGUGAGAGAUUUACAGGGGCUGAUAGAGGAAGCUCAUCGGGUCAUUCAGGACAUACCGAUCCCCACCAGUAACAUCCAGGAGCUGCAAGCCCAGAUCCUGCACCAUGAAGAACUUGCCCAGAAGAUCAAAGGUUACCAGGAGCAAAUUGCUUCACUAAAUUCAAAAUGCAAAAUGCUGGCAGUGAAGGCCAAGCAUGCCACCAUGCUGCUGACAGUGAGUGAUACAGAAGGACUUCCUGAAGGGCUGCAGGACACAGAAGGGGAGAAAUCCAAGAAAUCUUCAGUACAAGCUGUUGUAAUGACAGCCGGUCGCUGUCACACUCUACUGUCACCUGUUACUGAGGAGUCAGGGGAGGAGGGCACUAACAGUGAGCUCUCUUCUCCUCCUGUGUGCCGUUCUCCUUCUCCUAUAACCUACGCUGAAGCCACUAUCACGAAGAUGGGACGUGGAAAACUCACAAGAGCUCCAAUCCAAGAAUUAUAUGACCCAACAUUUGAGUCUGUAGCCAACCUAGAUGAUCUGCAGCGCUCGUGGGAGACUUUAAAGAACGUGAUCAGUGAGAAGCAAAGAUCUUUGUAUGAAGCACUGGAAAAACAGCAGCAUUACCAAGGUUCACUCCAGUCAAUCUCUUCUAAAAUGGAGAGUUUGGAGGCCAAACUCAGUGAACCUCUGGAGGUAGAUAAAAGUCCAGAUAGCCACAUUAAGGCUCAUAAGAGUUUGAUAGAGGAGAUUCAUAGUGUGCAGGACGACAUCGACAGGCUGCAAAUGAGGUUCACAGAGGAUCUGGCUGCUGAUGCUGAGGACUCAGACAUAGCUGACCAACUGGCCAUGCAGUCCUCACUGGCUGUGCUGGCUGAAAGGAUGGCCACCAUCCAAAUGAAAGCUUCAGGGAAACAACAGCUACUGGAGGAGUGUGUCAGUGAUCGUCUGGAGGGUAAACGUCAGGAGCAGGCCAUACAGUUCUAUCUCUCCCAGGCUGAAGAACUAGAUCAGUGGUUAGCCAGGAUGCGCAGUGCUGUAAUCUUCAUCCUUGAACCUAAACCUGCAGAAGAGAAAGACGUAGAGCUUCAACUCACUGAAUGUCAGAACAUGCUGCUGGAGAUUGAAGAGAAGGUGAUGGCUCUCUCUGAGCUGUCGCUGCACAGUGAGAACCUGCUGCUGGAAGGCCGGACCGACACAAGACAGGAAGCCGAACAUUUGGCCAGGAGAUUACACACAUUAAAAGGUGGUUUGUUAGAGCUGCAGAGGAUGCUACAAGACAAACAAAAUAACAUCCAGGGCACUUUGCAGGAGCCAGAGGACAGUGAAUCAGAUUCCAGUGUCUCUCUGAGUCCCAGUGUGCAGGACUGGCUGGCCCAGGCCCGGACUACACGAAGCCAGCAGCAUGAAGACAGCCUUCAGAGACAGAGGGAAUUGGAGGAACAGCUUUCAGAGCAGAAAAAGCUGCUUCAGUCAGUUGCGAGCAGAGGAGAGGAGAUCCUCACUCAGCAAGCUUCACCCAGUAGUGGCAGUGCAACAGAGCCAUUUUCAUCCGCAGCUGAAGCAGGACAAGAACAGAUAAGGCAGAGAUGGGAGAGUCUCAGACUAGAGCUUAAAACUAAAUUGCAGCUCCUGCAGAAAACACUGGAGCAGGACCGCAAGCAGCCGGUCUUUUCCAGAGCUUCUCGUGUGACCACAGCUGGGUCACUGUUUAAAGGGGAAACCCAGGCUGAUAAAUCCUUCCUGAAGACUCUGUAUGGUAGCUUCAGACAGUCCAUCGAAGAUAUGACCACUCAGCCUGGUGGUGGACGUGAGACACAGGUGGCGCAUAUGGAACAACAGCUCUACACGGCUGUGUCAUCCACCUCCUCCUGGCUGGAUGGUGUAGAGAAUAAUGUUUUCUCUGGCCCAGUCCUCCUGGCUGAGAAUGCAGAGACCCAACUACAAAAUCAAGAGAUCCUGGAGAAGGAUGUGAGGCACAUGACAGAGGAGGUGAAGCUCAGCCAGGCUCUGCUAGCUGGGUCUUCAGGGUUGAACCAGGAAGACCGAGUACUUCUAGAAGACAACCUGGACUGUCUGAAAGAGAGAUUAGGAGCUCUUGGUAGUGCUCUGGGGCAACGCUGUGACCACAUGAGAAACAGAGCACAUGAACUCACAGCCUACCAGACUGAAUUGCAGCUUCUUCAAACCGCUUUAAUUGAGACAAAAUGCCAAAUCCUACAAGCUCUAGCCGGAGCAAUGGAUAGACCAGCCUCAAAACAGCUGGAGGUCAUUGCCACUGCAGAGGAGACCCUAAAAGACUUCGAACAAAGAAUAACAGAACUAAAAGCCAGAGGAGCAACACUGCAGGCAGAUCAGAUCUCUACAAAUAAACUGCUGAAACUACAGGAUUCCUAUGAGGAGCUGGUCAUGACGGUGGGCUCCAGACGAAGUGGCCUGAACCAGAACAUGGCACUGAAGGAGCAGUAUGAGCGUGCUCUGCAAGACUUGACUGACCUGGUUGACACGGCUAAAGACAAGAUGGCUGCUGAUCAGAGAAUCAUUGCCAGUUCUGUAGAGGAAGUUCAAAAUCACCUCGACAAACAUAAAGAAUUUUUUCAGGGUCUGGAGUCCCAUAUGAUUCUAACAGAAACAUACUUCAGGAAGAUCAGUGGCCUUAUGCUUCCCAAAGAGAGCCAAGCCUUGGAAGAGAUGCUAGCUGAGGCUCAGAGAGUCCUAAAAGAGGCACACAGUAAAGGAGUUGAGCUGGAGUGUAUCCUCGAGACUUGGUGCCGUUUGAUGCAGGACUACCAGAGUCUGAACCGCCAGCUGGAAGCCGUUGAAGGAAGUAUCCCCUCUGUGGGCCUGGUGGAAGAAACUGAAGAUAAAUUAAUGGACAGAAUCUCUUUGUAUCAGGGUUUAAAGGGAAGACUGACAGAGCACCAGCACAAGCUCCACCAGGUGCUGGAUGAAGGCAAACAUCUCUUACUGUCAGUUUGCUGUCCCACACUGGAGAAUCAACUGGCACUAUUGGGGGAACACUGGCUUAACAAUACGGCCAGGGUCAGCAAGGAACUGCAAAACCUUGAGGCCAUUUUAAAGCAUUGGACCAAGUAUCAAAGGGAGUGUGCAGAAAUUAGUGAAUGGCUGCAGUCGGCUCUGGAGCGGCUGGAGUUUUGGAACACACAGGCAGUGUUAGUCCCACAGGAGCUGGAAACUGUCAGAGACCACCUCUCUGCUUUUCUUGAGUUUUCAAAGGAAGUGGAAGGAAAGUCGAGCCUGAAGAGCUCUGUUGUAUCUGAAGGCAAUCAGCUGCUGCGACUGAAGAAGGUAGACACUGUGACAUUGCGCUCCAACCUGGCACGCAUUGACACUCAGUGGGCUGAGCUGCUCACACGAAUCCCAGUGGUCCAGGAGAAGCUGCAUCAGAUCCAAAUGGAAAAGUUGGCCUCCCGUCAUGCCAUUUCUGAGCUCUUUAAUUGGAUAUCUCUGAUGGAGAAUGUGAUUGAGGAGGAUGAAGAAAACCUCAAGAGUGCUGUGGGAUCAAAUGUGAUUCAAGACUACUUGCAGAAGUACAAGGGAUUCAGGGUGGAUUUGAGCUGUAAGCAGUUGACUGUGGACUUUGUGAACCAGUCGGUUCAGAUCAGUGGUCAGGAUGUGGAGAGUAAACGCAGUGAUAAGACAGACUUUGCUGAGCGGCUUGGAGCCAUGAACCGACGCUGGCAGAUCCUACAAGGCCGCAUCAAUGAGAGGAUCCAGUUCCUCGAGGGUCUGUUGGAGAUGUGGUUGGAGUAUGAGAGCAGCGUGCAGGUCCUGAAGUCCUGGAUGACGGCUCAAGAAGAAAGGCUAAAGAGGAAACACCGGAUAGAGGAUUUGACAUCUGUGCAGAAUGCUCUCAAGGACUGCCAGGAAAUGGAGGAGUUGAUAAAAGAAAAAGAGAAGGAAUUAGAGAGAGUUGAGGAGCAGGGCUGUGCCCUUGUUCAGAACAAGACUGAUGAGGCCUGUGCUAUCGUCAUGGAGACACUCCAAGGUGUCAAUCACACCUGGGCUAACCUGGACCACUUGAUAGGGCAGCUAAAAAUAAGCCUGACAUCAGUGCUGGAUCAGUGGAGUCUAUACAAACGAUCUUCAGAAGAAAUCAAUGGCUACCUGAUGGAGGGAAGAUACUCUGUCUCACGUUUCCGCCUCCUCACUGGUUCCCUGGAGGCUGUUCAGUUACAAGUGCAAAGUCUACAGGAUUUGCAGGAGGAACUGGAAAAGCAGGAGAGCAGUCUUAGAAAGUUUGGUGCCAUAACCCACCAACUUCUGAGGGAGUGUCGCCCCUCGGUGUCAGAUUCUCUCAACAAUGCCCUCAAGGACGUCAAUGCAAGAUGGACCGGCUUACUGGAGGAGAUUGCAGAGCGACUUAGAAGCAGCAAAGCCCUGCUUCAGCUGUGGCAGCGCUACAAAGAGCUUUAUGAGCAGAGCUGCAACAACAUCCAGCUGCAGGAGGAGAACGCAGACCAGCUCCUUAAAAACACCUGCAGCAAAGAUGUUGCUGAUGAGGAAGUAUCCAGAUGGAUUCAAGAGUGCUCUGAGCUGCUGCGGUCCCAAGCUCCAGUGCAGGCCUCUCUUCAGAUUCUUCAGGAACUUGGAGAGCAGCUGAAACAGCAGGUGGACACAUCAGCAGCAUCUGCUAUCCAGUCAGACCACCUCUCUCUCACCCAACGGCUGGCUGCUGUGGAACAAGCUCUCAACAGACAGCUCACCACCUUGCAGACUGGAGUUCAAGACUAUGAAACCUUUAAUGAGCAGCUGGAAUCACUGGGCUGCUGGAUAGUUGAAGCUGAGGAGGCUCUAAAGGUGCAAGAUCCCAAUGGCUGCACUGACCUGACCGUCAUCCAGGACCGAAUGGAGGAGCUCAAGAAGCUUAUGCUGAAAUUCAGCAGUAUGGCACCUGAACUAGAGCGUCUCAAUGAGCUUGGUUACCGACUCCCUCUUAAUGAUUCAGAGAUCAAGCGUAUGCAGAAUCUCAACAGGAGCUGGUCCACGGCUUCAGCACAGACAACAGAGAGAUUCAGCAAACUUCAGUCAUUCCUGCUGCAGCAGCAAACCUUUCUGGAAAAAUGUGAAACAUGGAUGGAGUUCUUGGUCCAAACAGAAGAGAAUCUGGCAGUAGAAAUUUCUGGGAAUUACCAGAGUUUGAUGGAGCAGCAAAAAGCCCAUGAGCUGUUCCAAGCUGAGAUGUUCAGCCGCCAGCAAAUCCUCCACUCAAUUAUCAGCGAUGGACAGAGGAUGUUAGAGCAGGGUCAAGUAGAUGACAGAGAUGAAUUCAACAUGAAGCUGACUCUCCUGAGUAACCAAUGGCAAGGUGUAGUGCGACGUGCACAACAGAGACGAGGGAUCAUUGAUGGUCUGAUCCGACAGUGGCAGCGGUACAGAGAAAUGGUGGAAAAAUUGUACAAAUGGCUCUUGGAGGUCUCCCAUCCUGCAGAGGGACUUCAGACAGGGGAUACAGUUCCUCUACAGCAAGCUCGCUCCAUGCUGGAUGCUGUCCAGCUGAAAGAAAAGGUACUUCAGCGUCAGCAGGGCAGCUACAUCUUGACAGUAGAGGCAGGCAGACAGCUGCUCCUAUCGGCAGACAGCCGGGCUGAAGUGGCCCUACAAGCUGAGCUGACUGAUAUCCAGGAGCGAUGGAAACAUGCCAGUGUCUGUCUGGAGGAACAGAAGAAAGAGCUCGCCACAUUGCUGAAGGACUGGGAGAGGUGUGAGAAAGGGAUCGGCGGAUCACUGGAAAAACUUCGAGCCUUCAAACGACAGCUCUCUCAGCCUCUUCCUGAUCACCACGAGGACCUGCAAGCUGAGCAGAUGCGCUGCAAGGAUCUGGAGAACACAUUUGAAGGCUGGAGUGGAGAUUUGGCCCAUUUGACUGUGCUGAGAGAGUCACUGUCCUGCUACAUCAGCACCGAGGACCUUUCUGUUCUUCAAGAACGUAUUGAACUUCUACAUCGACAGUGGAAUGAAAUCUGCCACCAGCUGUCCCUGCGCAGGCAGCAGGUGAGUGAGAAGCUGAAUGAGUGGACUGUGUUCAGUGAAAAGUACAAGGAGCUCUGCGAGUGGCUCACCAAUAUGGAGAGCAAAGUUUCUCAAAAUGGAGAUAUCAGCAUUGAGGAGAUGAUCGAGAAGCUCCGCAAGGACUACCAGGAGGAGAUCACAGUAGCAGAGGAGAACAAGCAGCAGUUGCAUCAGCUGGGAGAGCGUCUGGCCAGGGCAAGUCACCAAAGCAAAGCCAAUGAAAUCGAACAAAAACUCAACAAAGUCAGCGAUCGUUGGCAGCAUCUCCUGGAUCUCAUCGGAGCAAGGGUAAAGAAGCUGAGAGAAACUCUGGUGGCCGUUCAGCAGCUGGAUAAAAAUAUGAGCAGCCUGCGCUCCUGGCUCGCCCACAUUGAAACUGAGCUGUCCAAACCUAUUGCCUACGACUCCUGUGACUUUCAGGAAAUUCAGAGAAAACUUGAUCUACAACAGGAGCUUCAGCGAGAUAUAGAAAAGCACAGCACGGGAGUAGCGUCUGUACUGAACUUAUGUGAGGUGCUUCUGCAUGACUGUGAUGCUUGCGCCACCGAUGCAGAGUGCGACUCCAUCCAGCAGGCAACUCGUAGCCUUGAUCGCCGCUGGAGGAGCAUCUGUGCCUUGUCUAUGGAGAGAAGACUAAAGAUUGAGGAGACGUGGCGUUUAUGGCAGAAAUUUUUAGAUGACUUUGCACGUUUCGAGGAGUGGCUGGCCACUUCAGAGAAGACUGCUGCUCUUCCCAACUCCUCCGGUGUCUUGUACACAGUAGCCAAGGAGGAACUAAAGAAAUUUGAGGCCUUCCAGAGACAAGUUCACGAAAGCCUGACCCAGCUGGAGUUAAUCAACAAGCAAUACCGCCGCCUGGCCAGAGAAAACCGCACAGACUCUUCCUGUCGUCUGAGGGAGAUGGCACAUGAUGCCAAUCAGCGAUGGGACAACCUGCAGAAAAGGGUGGCAUCCAUCCUUCGCAGACUCAAGCACUUUAUUAGUCAGAGAGAGGAGUUUGAGACAGCCAGAGAUGGCAUUUUGGUUUGGCUGACAGAGAUGGACCUACAGCUUACCAACAUCGAGCACUUCUCUGAGUGUGACAUUCAAGCCAAGAUCAAACAACUCAGGUCAUUCCAGCAGGAGAUUUCUUUGACAACAGCCAAGAUCGAGCACAUCUUCCAGCAGGGUGAGGCACUAAUAGAGAAGAGCGAGCCUCUGGAUGCAGCCGUCAUUGAGGAAGAGUUGGAAGAGCUGCAACGUUACUGUCAGGAAGUGUUUGGUCGAGUUGAGCGCUACUACAAGAAGCUCAUUCGCCUUCCACUUGCAUACGAUGAUACUGAAGUGUUCUCAGAUCGUGAGCUUGAACUGGAAGAACCUGGAGAUUUGUCCAGCCUGCCAUGGACUGAACGGUUAGGAGAUGGCUUCCUGUCACCUUUGCCGUCCUCUGGUCGCUCAGCUUCUCUAGCAGCCCAAUUUCGGACAGAGCGCUCUGGCAGGGACACACCUGCAAGUGUGGACUCAAUUCCACUGGAAUGGGACCAUGACUACGACCUGAGCCGUGGCCUUGAGAGUGCCAGCAGGGCCCUUAGAGAGCAGCAGAGUGAAGAAGGAGACUUCCUCCAGCGCCCUGCCUCUGGCUUGUCAGGGGAGGUUGCAUCUGCAGAGUCACAUAUUCAUCCUCUAGAUGUCAUCCGUCUCCAUCAAACGGACAGCAGUCGUAGCCGCACCCCCACAAGCUCUGAACUGGAUGCAUCAUAUAUGGGCUAUAUGCGGCUGAUGGGUGAGUGUCGUGGCAGCAUUGACACGAUGAAGAGGAUGGGCUUUGAGCUGAAAGAAGAAGAGGAUGCGGUGUCUGGUCUGGCAGAUCCCAGCAGCUCAGAGUCCCAGACAUCAGGUGUGAUUGAGCGCUGGGAGCUCCUGCAGGCCCAGGACCUCAGUAAAGAGAUGCGUACAAAGCAGAAUGAGCAGCAGUGGCAGCAGCUGAACUCUGACCUAAACAAUGUUUGGACUUGGCUUGGGGGGACAGAGGAGGAGUUGGAGCAGCAGCGGAGACUGGACGUCAGCACGGACAUCCAGACGAUUGAGCUUCGCAUCAAAAAGCUCAAGGAGCUGCAGAAGGCCUAUGACAAGCGCAAGGCUAUUGUGCUUUCCAUCAACCUGUGCAGUGCAGAAUUUCUGCAAUCAGACACAGAGGAGUCCCGAGACCUACAAGCCAAGCUCAAAGACAUGAACAACCACUGGGACAAACUAGGCAGCUCACUGGAAGAGUGGAGGUCAUCAUUACAGGAAGCUCUAAUGCAAUGUCAAGAGUUUCAUGAGAUGAGCCAUGGGCUGCUGCUCUGGUUGGAAAAUAUUGAUCGCAGGAGGAAUGAGGUGGUUCCCAUUGACCCAAUCCAGGACAGUGACACUCUCCAUGAGCAUCAUAAGACACUCACGCAAAUCCGUCAGGAGCUGCUGGACUCUCAGCUUAAAGUUGCCUCACUACAAGACAUGUCCCUCCAGUUGCUGGUCAACUCUCAGGGCAGCGACUGUCUGGAGGCCAAGGAGAAGGUUCAUGUCAUCGGGAACCGCCUCAAACUGCUGCUAAAAGAAGUAACGCGAGACCUCAGAGAGCUGGCUAAGAUUCUGGACAUCACAAGCAGUCAACAGGAUCUGUCUUCUUGGUCGUCCGCCGAUGAGUUGGACACAUCUGGUUCUCUCAGUCCUGUAUCAGGAAGGAGUACACCAAGUCGGCGACGAUCGGUCUCGCAGCGACGCUGGAUCCGCUUCCUUCCCUUCUGAUCUGGAGACAAGAAGAAGUCGUAGGUCCUCGUUUCUGCGGCGCGUCCUCUGGGUCGCCUUGCCUCUCCAGCUCUUCCUGCUCCUGUUAGUGGUAUUUGCCUUCCUGCUGCCGCUGUCAGAGGAGGACUACUGCGCUC